AUGGACUACUGGAGUGCCUUGGAGGUUUACCGGGAGAUGGUGCUUCUGUAUUUGGAGGAAGCACGUCGUCAAAUCAACUCCGGCUGCAGUGAACUGGAACCGUGGCAGAUCAUCUCAGCAACUUUCAUCACAACGAUUGGAGCAGUGUGGGUCAAAGGAGUCCUCUUCCAACAAGAAAGUCUAACGUCACGAAUCAAGAAGAAAUUUUUUCGCCUCAUCAGAAAAAUACCGUUUGUUGGCAACGCUAUCCAGAGUCAGCUGAACAAGGCGCUGGACGACAUGUCAGUGAGUCUGUGCACACUUAAGGAGGGGAUGAGCUACACCAAGCAGCUGCCCUCCAAAGGCCUGUCCCAAAACCAGGUCCUGGACAAAAUCAAAGAAUACCAGACGCUGAAUGAGGUGCAGUGGGAGAAAGGCUGCGUUUCUGGGACCGUUUACUGGGGAGACGAAACUUUGACCAAACUCCUCGUCAAGGUAUAUGGGGAUUUUGCCUGGAGUAACCCGCUGCACCCGGACAUUUUCCCGGGGGUCAGAAAGAUGGAGGCUGAAGUGGUGAGAAUGUCGUGUUCGCUCUUUCACGGUGGACCACACUCCUGCGGCACGGUGACUUCAGGGGGAACCGAGAGUAUUCUGAUGGCGUGUAAAGCGUACAGAGAGAUGGCGUACGAACGAGGCGUCAAAUACCCUGAAAUACUUGCUCCUGUGAGCGUCCACGCCGCCUUCGACAAAGCAGCUCACUAUUUUGGAAUGAAGCUUGUGCACAUCCCCCUGAACAAGAAAACGAUGCAAGUUGAUGUUAAAGCCAUGAGACGAGCCAUCGGCAAAAACACAGCGAUGCUUGUGUGCUCCGCUCCACAGUUCCCGCACGGCAUCAUGGACCCCGUCGAGGAAGUGGGCAAGCUGGCCCAGAGGUAUAAUCUGCCGCUGCAUGUGGACGCGUGUCUGGGAGGAUUUCUCAUUGUGUUUAUGGAAAAAGCCGGAUUCACGUUGGCGCCUUUUGACUUCAGGGUGAAAGGUGUGACCAGUAUCUCCGCCGACACACACAAGUACGGCUACGCCCCCAAAGGCUCCUCUGUGAUCCUCUACAGCGAUAAGAAGUACCGGCAGCACCAGUACUUCGUGGCUCCGGACUGGCAGGGAGGAAUCUACGCCUCGCCCUCCAUCGCGGGGUCCAGGCCUGGGGGAAUCAUCGCCGCCUGCUGGGCCACGAUGAUGCACAUGGGAGAGGCCGGAUACGUAGACGCCACCAAAAAAAUUAUCACCACAGCAAGAAAAAUAACAGAACAAAUCCGAAAGAUAAAGCCGGUGUUUGUGUUUGGAAACCCGGAGGUAUCGGUGGUGGCCAUAGGUUCAGAUGUGUUCGAUAUUUUCCGAUUGUCGAACGCUCUGACAUCAAAGGGCUGGAACCUGAACACGCUACAGUAUCCAUCCAGCAUCCACAUUUGUUGCACAGUUCUGCACACUCAGCCUGGAGUCGCCGAUCGCUUUGUUAAAGACGUGAAGGAUGCGGUCGACGUCAUCAUGCAGAACCCCAACGAGAAAACCACAGGAAUGGGAGCCAUCUACGGCAUGGCCCAGUCGAUCCCAGACCGCUCCAUGGUCACGGAGAUCUCUCGUGGGUUUCUGGACUGUCUCUACAGCACUGACAACCCCAAAGCCCAAAACACUGCCCACAUGAACGGCAACGGGAAAGCUCACUGA